UUAUACAUAUGGCAAGUAAAACAUUUCCAAUCCUAAUACGCAGUAGCGACGAACCGAACUCGUUUUUAGCCUUGACAAUGAUGCGCGUGACGUUUCUGUUUUGCUUUUUCGUAGCGGUGUGUUAUUUGUGUCCGAUUUGCACCGAAAAUUUGCUGCAAAAUAUGGAAAAGGAAAAAGUGGUGCCCGAGGUGAUCGACAAGGCUCCCUCGGAAGUGGCGGAAGUGGUUUUUCCUAGCGGGGCUAAAGCUGAAAUGGGGAAAGUUCUCACUCCUACAUUAGUGAAAGAUCAGCCAAAGGUUAAAUGGAAUGCCGACCCCAAUUCCCUCUAUACAGUUUGCAUGACAGAUCCAGAUGCUCCAAGCCGAAGCGAUCCUAAAUUUAGGGAGUGGCAUCAUUGGUUAGUUGGAAAUGUUCCUGGAGAUGAUAUAUCCAAAGGUGAAGCUUUAAGCGAAUACGUAGGCGCAGGUCCUCCAAAAGGUAGCGGCCUCCAUCGCUAUGUGAUUCUAGUGUAUAAGCAAAAGAAAAAACUGACUUUUGAUGAACCGCGAAUACCAAAAACAUCAGGAGAUAAGCGGCCUAAAUUUGCCAUAAGAAAGUUCGCUAAAAAGUACGACCUGGAUGGCCCUAUUGCUGGAAAUUUUUUCCAGGCCGAGUGGGACGAUUAUGUGCCGCUUCUGUAUAAGCAGCUUUCUUCCUAAACUGCAGAUAAAGAUUCUAAGACACUUGUAUGUUUUCGAAUUGAAUUACAAUAUUUUAAAUUUUGUUAUUAGUAGUUAAAAAUAAAUGUAUACAUAUUUUAAAUAAA